AUUAAAUUUAUACUUAGCUAUACUUGCUAUGUCAACAACUGAAGUACCUAUUGCAACUAGUAUUAUAAUAUCUUCAACUAUAUUUACCUCAACUAUCUCAACUACAUGUAUAGUUACUUCAGCUAUAUCUACAUCAGCUAGACCUAGUACAAUAGCUACUUCAAUGCUUGUUUCAGACAUUACAACUAUGCAAAACACCUUGCAAAGUACCACUACAUUUACUAGAGGUUGUAAUUCUGUCUCCAGUACUACUGUACCUAUUGCAGUUAGUGUAUCAGUGACAUUUAUACUGACAGCUAUACUGUCUUCAACACUGACACUAAUACUGACACUGCUGUGUGUUAGGAGCAGAUCCAAUAAACCAGUUGAGCAGGUUAAACCAGUUGAAUGGGUUGAACGAGAUGAGGGAGGAGCAACAGCAUCAUUUGCUGUAUAUGAUGAGAUCACUACUACUAAAGGAGGAGCCACCAGUUCUGUUCCACUAACAAGUAAUCCAGCUUAUGGACCAUUGAGAAAUUAAUUUAAAUAUUUAUCAUUAUAAUCACUGUGAUUGUAUACUAUAGUAAAUCUGUGUGAUUGACUCUCACUUACUAUUUUGUUAAGUUUUAAAUUUUAUAUUAUCUUUAAGUUGUGUAUCAAUGCUAAUAUGAAAAA